UCGAUCGAUCGAUCGAGAGGAGAAAAUAUAACCGAGAUGGACGCCAAGAUGCGUACUACACUCGAGUUGCGAGACCUUGUGCGCUUCUACUCGAAGCGUGGCAAUCGCACGCUCGUCGACCGCGGCCUGCUGGUUUCGUACAACGGGGAGGACCGCACCUGCACGCUGUUCCGCCUCGACGGCACACUGGUGACCAAGAAGCUUGAUGACAUCGCCGUCGUUGACAGAAGCUCCAUCCACAUCGGUCAGAUGGUCGGGUCGGCGUCGGACGUCGGUGGCCAGAUCGGCGUCGUCACCGGCGUCACCACCGAUCUCCACCUCGUCCAGCUCAACGACCGCGGGGGCGCGACGACGAAUCAGAUCCUGGGGGUGUCGCCGGCUGGCCUGCGACGCGUCAGAGCGCUCAGCCUUGGCGACUACGUCUUGUCCGGGGCAUGGCUGGGCCGGGUGGUCGCGGUGCCUCUGGACGUCGACGUCUUGUUCGAUGACGGCGCCUCUGGACGUCGACGUCUUGAUCGCGAUGGCCAACGUGGAGAUGCGGAGCACGAAACAGGCACGGUAGCCAACGUGGAGAUGGCCGGCGUCUUUGUUUACUGGAUCGCGUCGGUGCAACACGGCACCAAGCAACAGCUGGUCCAGGAGUCCGCUCCUCCGCCUUACCAGCAGCCCGACAGUCUCACUUACCUCUGCUCUGCGCCCGAUUGCAGCUGGCGGCUGGGCGACCGCUGCUUUCUUCUUAGUGAUGAGCAGCACCACAUAAGUUCAUUGCAUGCGCACUCGGCCCUGCUGCCCACCAUGACCGUUGCCAACAGCAACACCACCGUCGACGUGCUGUGGCAGGACGGCACGCGGCAAUAUGGGGCUAGAUCAACGUCACUCAGCCCCUACGAGUUCAUCAUGGAGCACGACUUCUUUCCUGGGCAGUACGUUGUCGACAACGCUCCCGGUGACAUGGUAGAUGAUGCCGCUGGGGAUGGCGGCGUGGGUGCUGCGGGUGGAUCAACGAGGCGUGUCGGCGUUGUCAGAAGCCUGAAUUCCAAAGACCAAACGGUGCACGUGUCGUGGUUCAAGGCGGCGUCGGCGCGGCCCGACGGCGAGGCCAGUGGCUUGGAGGUCGAGUGCGAGGAUACCGUGAGUGCGUAUGAUCUGGGCAGGGACCCUGACCACUCUGUUCUCCACGGAGACGUCGUCGUUCGUGUGCUAUCAAGCGUCAUCGAGAGCACACCAGCAGCACAGCAAAUACCACAUGCCAAGAGCGCCCCCGCCGAUCUUCCAUGGGUCGGGCGCGUUGUUGAUCUGAAUGACGGCCACGUCCAAGUCAAGUGGAGUGACGGCAGCACGUCACUGGUGUUCCCCCAUGAGAUCAAUGUCGCCAACAAGGAGCACUACACACAACUGUACGCUGAAAUGUAUGGCUGGGAGUGGGACGAGGAGGAGGAGGAGGAGGAUGUCGGUGCUCCUCCGGAGUUGGAUGGUGCCAACGCGGUCAAUGAUCAGCAUGAUCCAGCAGAUGCUAGAAACAUAGAAGGCGGUGACUGUUCUGUGAACGAACUAGAUGGCCCUGCUACAGCCACGCAGAAUGUGGAAGCGCCCACACAUGUAUCCACGGUUAGUCAUGAGGACCCUAACGUUGGUGGCGCCGUCAUGGAGGCUGGCCUUGCUGAUCCAGUGGAAAGAAGUGAUGCAAGUGUCGAUGAUAGCGAUGACGACUCUGUCGAUGAUGUGGUGAUCAAGGCCGAGGAUGUCAUUGGAGAUGACGGCCCGUUUAAGUUCCCAAACUUCGACGUGGUGAAGAGUCCUCCGGAUCAUCAUUACCUUGACACGGUGGAUCAGGGCAGCGGCGGCGGAAAGAAGUGGGUAAAAAUAGUGCAGGAGUGGAAGAUACUGCAGGACAGCUUGCCAGACACAAUCUAUGUACGUGCGUUUGAGGACCGUAUGGACCUGCUCCGGGUGGCGAUGGUGGGCGCGAGCGGGACGCCUUACCAGGACGGGCUCUUUUUCUUCGACCUGCAGCUACCGUUGUCCUACCCGGACGUGCCACCGCAGGUGUACUACCACUCCUUCGGUAACCGUCUGAACCCAAACUUGUAUGCCUCUGGCACGGUGUGCCACAGCCUGCUCAACACUUUCGGCGGCGAGGGCACCGAGGUCUGGGUGCCAGGGACGUCGAGCCUCCUUCAGGUGGCCGUCUCCCUCCAGGCCCUCGUCCUCAACAACCAGCCCUACUACAACGAGGCCAACUCCGAGCACCUGGUCGGCACGCCACGGGGCCACCGCCACGCGUUGCCUUAUAACGAGAACGCCUUCUUGCUCACUCUUCGGACCAUGCUCCAUCUGUUGCGCCGACCGCCGCGGGGCUUUGAGGGGUUCAUCAGGGACCACUUCCGCCGAUGCGGGAGAUGCAUCCUCGCGACGUGUGAAGCGUACCUGCAGGGAUGCGUGCCCGCCGAUCAUGGGAGGAUGGAGUUGUCGUGCUCCACCGGCUUAAGGAUCGCGCUUGACAAUGUCUUGCCCAGGCUCACGGCAGCGUUCACACAGAUUGGUGACGAAGGGAGCUGCUGCUGA